CUUUUACCAUAACUUGUUCAUAGAUAGAUAGAGAGAGUAGAUGGCCAGUACUUCUCAUCAAUUUCACCAUCUUCAUUCUUCCCCCCUCUCUCUCUCUCUCCAUAUAUAUACAGAGAGACAGCCUAUGGCUCAGAGCUUUUUCCCCCCUUUCUGUUUUGCUCUCUCCCUCUCUCUCACACCCUACCCUCCUCCUUCCCUGUUUCAAUCUUAUCUCUUUCUCCCCCUUUCCACUUUCUCCAUUUCUAGGGUUGUUAAUAACUCAGAAGCACUCCAUCCCUUGCACAAGAAAAAACCAAUUCACAGUCUGUGCACCCUCUCUUUCCCCUUUCCUUCUCCUCAAUCAUCCAUCUUCACUCUGAGCCAAAAUUCUGCAUGUGAGAUUAAUUACAGCACAGCAACAACAGCUACUACUCCUCUCAACAAUUCUUCCUUCUGCCUUUGCUUCUUGAGGAAUAAUUAACCCAAAGAAGAAGAAGAAGAAGCACAAGAAGGAGAAGAAGAAUAAGUGAGAGAUGACGACCUCUUCAUCAUCAUCGGUUCCAUUCUUUGGGAUGGGCAGGGAGGAAGUGGAUGAGCAGAUGAUGAAGCAACAAUCCGCGGCCGCGGUUGGAGUUGGAUUGGGAGGAUUGCAUCAUCAUCAUCAUCCACAUCUCCAUCUCCACCACCACCACCAACUCCUCCAGCAUUCAUCUUCCCUUUUGAGUAAUUCUCAGCUCACCACCGCCGGAGCACAGCAGCAGCCGCCUCCGCCGCUGUCUGCCGCAAGCUCAGCCGCCGGCUCUGGCCCUCCUCAGCUCAAGAGGAAGCGCAACCAGCCUGGAAAUCCAAGCAAGUACCUCCUAUUGGCUACCUACUUUGCUUUGCUUCUAUAUCUUCAUCCAAUUCUUUGUUAAAAUUGAAUCCUUUUUCUUUUGCGUCCUCAAAUGAGAGAUACAAAAAGAAAGAAGAAAGAGAGAACAAGAUCUACCCUCAAUUACCUUACAACCACUAUUUACUACAGCACACACAAAAAAAAAAAAAAAUCAUAAUCAAAGACAAAAUUCUAUCAAGUACAUGUACAUACUUGUGAGGAAUCCUCCAUUUCCAAUUUGCUUCUUUUUCUUCUCGCGAAAAAAAUGGCACAAUCACGAGCUAAUGGAACCAACUGGUUUGACACGAUGAUCAGGACAAUCUACAAAGCUAAUGUUGUUCCAAAAUUCAGCAAAUGAACAAAACAAUAACUCAUCUAUUCAUACGAGUCAUCGAAACAAAAUGUUUUGACCUCUUGUUUAGUUGUUGAAUUGGCACCAAAUUCCAAACUUUAGCUAUGUUCCAUAGUGGGAGUAGUGGGCAUGGUGUGAUUAUCUGUGGCGUCUGUUUCUGUGUCAACACAAUUUCGGGUCAAUCUGUUUGUUUGUUUCUUAGCUUUUGGUUGUUUCUAACAGUGGGUUUUCUUGUUUUUGUGUCUCCCUUUUUUCCUCGCCCUUCUUCCUCCUCUUGUUCGGUUCCGUGUUUUGGUUUCUGGCGAUGACGAUGUUGCAUACACAAACACACAUACAUAUAACGUCGGCCUGCCACCCCCGGAUAGAUCCAGACGCGGAGGUGAUCGCGCUGUCGCCAAAAACCCUAAUGGCGACCAACCGGUUCAUCUGCGAGGUCUGCAACAAGGGCUUCCAGCGCGAGCAGAACCUGCAGCUCCACAGGAGAGGCCACAACCUGCCGUGGAAGCUCAAGCAGAAGAACAAAAACGAAGUCGUGAAGCGCAAGGUGUACCUGUGCCCGGAGCCGACGUGCGUCCACCACGAGGCUUCGAGGGCGCUGGGGGACCUCACGGGGAUCAAGAAGCACUACUCGAGGAAGCACGGCGAGAAGAAGUGGAAGUGCGAAAAGUGCGCCAAGAGGUACGCGGUUCAGUCAGACUGGAAGGCGCACUCGAAGACCUGUGGCACCAGGGAGUACCGAUGCGACUGUGGCACCCUCUUCUCCAGGCGGGACAGUUUCAUCACCCACAGAGCAUUCUGCGACGCGCUGGCUCAGGAAAGCGCCAGAAACCCUCCACCCUCCCUCGCCUCCCACCUCUUCACCGGCGCCGGAGGCGCAGCAGCCGGCCUCGCCAACAACAUGACCCUAGGCAUUUCCUCCUCCACCGCUCAUUCAUCCGCCGCAGCCGACAUCCUCCGCCUCGGCGGAUCCACCACCGGCCCCGGACAGUUCGACCACCUCCUCCCUCCUUCGACGACGACAGCCACCUCGCAGCAGUUCCGAAACCAGCCCGGCCACUUGUCACCUUCCUCCGCCGCUUUCUUCAUCCCACAACAAGACACCUCCGACCACCACCAAAGCAGCUACCACCAGCCAUUCCACCAUGCCCUCAUGCAACAGUUUUCGUCGGAUCCCAACAACGCGGGCGGCGCAGCCGCCAACCAGCUCUUCAGCCUAGGGUUCGACAGCACCACCACCACCAACAACAACAACAACAUGAUGACUCUCUUCGCCAAUAAUAACAACCACGGCGGCGGAGGAGGCGAUCAUCAGCACCAGAUGAUGAUGGGAUCGUCCACCGGCGGCAGCGUCCCCCUCUUCAGCUCCUCCGUCCACCAACAGCAGAUGAACAACAUGGUGGCUCACAUGUCGGCGACGGCGCUGCUCCAGAAGGCGGCGCAGAUGGGGUCCACCACCAGCUCCAACCCCAACGCCACCACCAGCGCGUCGCUUCUCAGAAGCGCCUUCGCCGCCGGCCCCAACCACAACAACAACCACCAAAAAUCAUCGUCCGGCGAAAAGCAACCGAGUCUCGGGACCUUCGGCGGGUCGUUCUUCGGCGACGUGGACACGGACAACGGCAGCAGCAACAAUCUCCACGACCUCAUGAACUCCUUCACCUCGGCCGCCAACAACAACAAUAACGGUAGUAGUAGUAGUAACAACAAGAAGCUGACGAGGGAUUUCCUGGGAGUUGGACACGUGGCGGCGGCGGUCAGAGGCAUCGCCACCACUAUCUCGCAGCAGCAGCAAGUAGGGGCGGCGUUGGAGGGAAGCUCGUCGUUGGAUUCGGAGAGGAACAAUAAUAACAGCAUGGGGAGUCACUCGUCUUUCGGAGGAAACCCUAGCUUUCAAUGAAAUCAUGAAAGUCAACCACGCACGCCACUUACUUACUACUACUAGGGAAUUGGAAAAGCAGUAUGAUGAUGAUGACGACGACGAUGAUGAUCACCAUGUUGGCGCAAAAAGGACUCGAGGUACGUCGAAAAAUUCGGAAAAAGCUAGCUAGCUCGUUGCUGUAAUAAUUCUCUUUUAAUUUUAACCUUUUUCACAUAUAUGCGUUAGAGUAGUGUUGUUCUUUUGCUUUUUUACUGGUUGGGGGUGACGGUGUAAGUAACACUGUGACUGACAAAGAUAGAGUAGUUUUGCAUGGUAAGAUGGGUCCACGAGAUGGAGUGGCGAGAUUUUGUGUUGUUUCCCUUGUCUUUAUAUAUCAAUUUUCUCUGGUAUUUUAGUUAAGAAUUUUUAAGAAAAGAAAGGAGGAAGGCAAUGAUGGUAGUAAUAUGUAUGCGAGGAUGGGAAUAAUAUUAGGCUGGCAAAGGGGAGGGAGUCACGAGAGUUGGUCCUUAGGAUUGGAUUCCAUUUGGUCCUUGUUCUUGUUCGACCAUGAUAGAAUGUCGUCGACUGUCUACCCCCACCCACUUGCCGUUUCUGCCUUGUUCCGGUAUUUCUUUACUUGCACU